AAGUGUGAAAGCGUUUCUACUGAAAAACCACGUAUUGCUGCUCGUAUCUUAGGGAGGAGAUACAUGCUAACAACUACGUCAUAUAAAUAUUUAGAAAUUGGAAUCAAUAUAGGACCUGCAUCCUACGUGGAACUUGUUCUUGGCGAUAAUCGAGGCAAUCAUUUGAUAUUACCAAAUGAAAUCUGGAAGGAGAUUAUACAUAGACGUGCACACAUCGAGCUAUAUAUGGAGUCAUCUCAUUCCUCGCCAUUAUGGAUUCGAGAUUUGUCGGUGGAAUGUCGUAUGAUGCAUGGUGAUACCAUUAUAAAGCUUACAUUGUUCAACAAGUCAAUGUAUUUAAAAUCAGAAACAUUGAAUACCUUAUUCAAUUUUGAGCAAUAUAUUGAUCAUAUGUACUCAUGGUUAUACGAAAAUACGCAUCUUGUUAAUACAAAGUUCCAAAAAUUUGUAAGCAUUUUGCAACAAAAUGAUAUUAUUCGCGUAUGGUACGAGUCCAAAACUACUGACUGGUGUUACGCCGCUAAAGUAAUACGUUACUGA